AGCAUGCACGUGACACAAACACCGGCACUUCCGAUUUCCUCGGCUUCCUCCACCUUCACGUUUACCCCUCGACCACCCUCGGCCCCCGUACCCUCCGCCCCGCACCAGCGCCCAGCGUGUCCAGGGCCGCCGAAUCUUGGUCCCGGUGGAGGCGGAGGCGGCGCCAUGGCGGAGCGGACGGCUCUAGAGAGUCUCAUCGAGAUGGGCUUCCCGCGGGGGCGCGCGGAGAAGGCUCUGGCCCUCACAGGGAACCAGGGCAUCGAGGCUGCCAUGGACUGGUUGAUGGAACAUGAAGAUGACCCGGAUGUGGAUGAGCCCCCAGCUUCCCCCCUGGGACACUCCUUGGGGCAUGAACCCCCGUCCUAUGGGGGAGGCAGCCCUGAAGGGUCAGCGAGGGUGGAAGAGAAGCCACCACUGAGCGAAGAGGAGAAGCGAGAACAGACCAAGAGGAUGUUGGAGCUGGUGGCCCAGAAACAGAAGGAACGGGGAGAAAGAGAGCAGCGAGAGGCGGUGGAGCGGGAGAGGCAGCGGAGACGGCAGGGCCAGGAGCUGUCGGCUGCCCGGCAGCGGCUCCAGGAAGAUGAGAUGCGCCGGGCAGCUGAGGAGCGCAGGAGAGAGAAGGCCGAAGAGACGGCAGCCAGACAGCGAGUCCGGGAGAAGAUCGAGAGAGAUAAAGUAGAGAGAGCCAAGAAGUUUGGUGGUACUGGAUCACAGAUCACCUCCCCUGCAAGCGAGCCAGGCCCUGUUCCUUCUUCUCCCAGUCAGGAGCCUCCCACCAAGCGAGAGUAUGAUCAGUGUCGCAUACAGGUUCGGCUGCCUGAUGGGACAUCCCUGACACAGACAUUCAAGGCCAGAGAGCAGCUGGCUGCAGUGAGACUCUAUGUGGAGCUACAUCGAGGGGAGGAACUAGGGGGCGGGCAGGACCCUGUACAGCUGCUCAGUGGCUUCCCCCGGCGGGCCUUUUCUGAAGCCGAUAUGGAGAGACCUCUGCAGGAGCUGGGACUUGUGCCUUCUGCUGUCCUCAUUGUAGCCAAGAAGUGUGCCACCUGAAGGGGUCUCCAGCCUUCUCGCCUUUUCCCCUCAAAACUCCCCUUACCUCUGACAGAGCACUGACAUCCCCCCCCUAAUAAACACAUCCUCAGUCA